AUCUGGCCAAGGGCGGAGACGAGUUCCCUGGGGUUACUGUUUAACGGAGACGGCUACUGGGCUUGGGAGCAAAGCGAAGCGAGGAGGACUGAAGAGGUCUGAGGAGGUGAGCGGCGCGUGGACAGAGCUGCUUCAAAGAACAGCUCUUCUUGUGUCCCUUUUCACUAAAAUGUACUAUGGAACAUGAUGGAGAAGAUGAAAUAUGCCAUGGAUCAGACCAGAGGUAUUGUGUGGAGAGGCAAGUGUAUAACCAAGGAACCCUACAGGAGCAGCUGCAUAAGAAGGAAAAGACACCUCUGCCUCUCACUCAGAAGAUAGCACAUGCUUGUCGAUGUUCUUCUAAGAAAGCCAAAUCUGUUCUCUUUAGUUUUUUCCCAAUUUUAACAUGGCUGCCUCGCUAUCCAGUGAGGGAGUAUUUGCUGGGAGACAUUAUCUCAGGUAUAAGCACUGGAGUCAUGCAGCUUCCUCAAGGUUUAGCAUAUGCAUUGCUGGCAGCUGUGCCCCCUGUUUUUGGCCUGUAUUCUUCAUUUUAUCCAGUCUUUCUCUACACUUUUUUUGGAACAUCUAGACAUAUAUCAAUAGGAACUUUUGCUGUAAUCAGCCUGAUGAUUGGCGGAGUUGCAGUCAGAGAAGCACCAGAUGAAAUGUUUGAUAUUAUAGACACCAACUCUACCAAUAGCUCAGAUCUUGACAACGUUAAAGCCAGAGAUGACAUGAGGGUGAAAGUAGCUGUUGCAGUAACCUUGCUUUCGGGAAUCAUACAGUUGUGUUUAGGACUCCUUCGGUUUGGAUUUGUAGCCAUUUAUCUUACGGAGCCCCUGGUACGGGGAUUCACCACUGCUGCUGCUGUACAUGUAUUUACCUCCCAGUUGAAGUACCUCUUUGGAGUUAAGACUAAAAGAUUCAGUGGACCCCUCUCCUUUCUUUAUAGUUUAAUUGCUGUGUUCUCAAACAUCACAAAAACCAACAUAGCAGCUUUAGUUGUUGGACUAAUUUGUAUGGUUUUGUUGCUGAGUGGAAAAGAAAUCAACGAUCGAUUUAAGAAGAAGCUACCUGUUCCUAUCCCUAUGGAGAUCAUUGUGGUGGUAAUUGGUACUGGAGUUUCAGCUGGAAUGAAUUUGUCCCAGACAUAUGGAGUAGAUGUUGUUGGCAAUAUUCCUAAAGGAUUACGUCCUCCACAGGUACCUGAUAUCAGCCUCAUUCCGGCAGUAUUUGUGGAUGCAAUAGCAAUAGCCCUUGUUGGGUUUUCCAUGACUAUCUCAAUGGCCAAAAUCUUUGCUCUUAAGCACGGCUAUACAGUUGAUGGAAAUCAGGAGCUCAUUGCAUUAGGCAUAUGCAACUCUACAGGGUCGUUUUUCCAGACCUUUGCAAUCACUUGCUCGAUGUCUCGGAGCCUUGUCCAAGAGGGCACUGGGGGAAAGACUCAGAUUGCUGGCACUCUAUCCUCAAUCAUGGUUUUCUUAGUUAUUGUUGCCAUUGGUUACCUCUUUGAACCACUGCCACAGACUGUGCUUGCAGCAAUUGUAAUGGUGAAUCUGAAAGGCAUGUUUAAACAGUUUGGAGAUAUUGUUCAUUUCUGGAGGACCAGCAAGAUUGAACUGGCUAUCUGGAUUGUAGCUUUUCUAGCCUCUGUUUUUCUGGGACUAGACUACGGUUUGAUAACUGCUAUUGCUUUUGCAAUGAUCACCAUCGUGUACAGAACACAAAGUCCAAAAUACAGAAUUCUUGGGCAGAUUCCUGACACAGACAUUUACUGUGAUGUGGAAGAGUAUGAAGAGGUGAAAGAAUGCCCUGGAAUCAAAAUUUUCCAAGCAAAUGCAUCACUCUAUUUUGCCAACAGUGAAUUAUAUAUCAAUGCACUGAAGAAAAAGACUGGCAUUGAUCCCUGUGCCAUAUUGACAGCAAGGAAAAAAGCACAGAAAAGACAUGCCAAGGAAUUAAAGCACCUGCAUGACCAUAAGAAGAAAGCAGUCUUGAAGAUGACUAAUGACAGGGACAACAGUGUGAAACAUGAAGUGAUGAAUGAUGAACUAUCCCUCAAUGGAAAAUUCUCAGUGGCAGAAGCUGCUACACAGGAAUCCUCUCCCGAUGAACUUGAACGCUUUAUGAAGCCAGUGACCAGCAUUCACUCAGUCAUUUUGGAUUUUUCACCUGUGAACUUUGUGGAUUCUGUUGGAGUCAAAGCCCUCAAAUCAAUCAUAAAAGAAUAUGAAGAAAUUGGUGUUUCAGUAUAUAUAACUGGCUGCAAUGGAUCAGUUCUGGAAAACCUUACUAAACUGCACUUCUUUGACAAAGCUUCCCUAAAAGACUUGCUCUUCCCCAGUAUCCAUGAUGCUGUACUCACCAGCCAGCUGAAAGGCGCCACUGCCUACAGCUACCUUUAGACUCUGUCAUUUGUACUCCUACUUCAUAAAUUGUAUGGAGAUGCAUCCAUUGACUUCUGAGGGCUUCUCUUAUUUGCACAGAUUGUACAGAGCUACUUUUACGGGUAUCUGACACAGUAGUGGAGCAGCUUGCAUUCUGCCAGAACACUGUCUGAGGAAUUGGAGGCCUUAUAAUUUCAAAACGUGCUUUUUAAUGAAUUCAGGUGGCGCCUGAACCGAUGUGCAAGUGUUUUAAUAGAAUUGAAGAAGCAUGUAUUUCCCUGCAAGUAUCCAAAAACAUUUUGGACUUUUUCUCUUUUUGUUCAAAAAUGUGCCAGCAGAUGCACUAUGUUUAUAAAAAUGUAGCACAAUAUAUUACUGGAAAGAGUAAAGCCAGGUGGUUCUAGACUGAUCCCUCCUCUUUUCCUUAACAAUAUAUCCAAAUGCCUGUUGGGAACAGCAGAUAUUUGGAAACUCUGUACCAACUACUGAUUGAUUGCACUGUAUAGGUAACUUAAAGCAUAUCUGACCUGAUCUUUUCCCAUAGUGUUGAACUGCAGGUCCCAUAAUUCCUCAGACAAUUGCUUGGGGUAUUCUGGGAGCUGAUAUCCAAUACCAAGAUGGGAUAGGUUGUCUUAAAGGAUUUCAAACUAGCUUGCAAAGGUUUGUGUCACAUGGCUUAUAAUGGCUUUUAGAAACAUAUUUUUGCAGCUAGAUUAUUUGCACAGAAGUCCCAAGGCUAUUUUCUGCUGAAUACUAAGAGGAGUGUGCUAUUUUGUGUAUUUCAUAUCUGAACUGAAUUAUGAGCCCAUUUGCUUGAGAAUUCAUUUUUCUUUUAUCAUUUGUAAUACAACAACAAAAGAGCAUUCCCACGUACAGCAAGUUACUCCAUCUACCAAAUGAAUUUCUAGCUAGUUAGGCGUGAGCAAAAGGAAGCACCGGCUGACGAACCCUCCACCCACACUAGCAGGCAGGAGAGCACAUUUUAAAGACGCAACUGGCUGUAAGUAGCCUCUGUAAAAUGGAGAAACUUUACAGAAUUUUAUUUAUUGUAUUUCAUAUGCGGUGAAAGUUUUACAGGGUCAUUAAAAUAUUCUCAAAAAUGAAUGCUAUGGGCAAGAUCUACCAGUAACAUUGGCAGAGCAUAAAACAGAAUGCAUGAAACUCAACAUUGGGCUUCUAACAUUAUAUGCUCUGUGUGUUAUGCUGAGGGUCCAGGAGGGAAGAGCCGUCCCAUUUCCCUGGUUCCUCAACUACAGGUCAGGCACCUCCCUAUAUCGCCUUGGAGGUUCUUUGUCUGUGGGGGUGGACUAUAAUGCCCUCAAGCUGCAUUGGGCUGAGGAAGGGGGAGCAUUGGACAAGGAGGUGGUGGAUAUCUCCCUGCGCAACAUCCAUCAAGGUAUUUUCACCAGUGUAAGAGAGGAUUGUAUGGUUGUGUGUCACCAAUAGGAUCCUGGUUUACGUCACUUAAAGAAAUCCCUUUCUGAGCAGAGUCAUCAAAAGUAGUGUGGAAGUGGCAAAAAUAUACCCAAACAAAACACUACUGUUCCUUGUUUGCCACUUCCUGCAUUUUUAGCAUGCCCCUAAGGCAAAGGUCAUGUUAGCAAGAGCACAUCUGGAUGGGCAAUGCAUGUUAAGAGGCCUGCAUCCUUUGAAACUGGGCCAUGAUCUUGCAUUGCACUGGUAGGUUGUGAAGUUCUGCUUGGUAGUCACAUCUCACCCCCAUCCUCAACAUACAUAACCUGCCUGUUUUCUGGUUUGUUGUGCCCCCCCCGCCCCCCCGUGGUCAUUCACUGGCAGGGAAGGAUGAGGGACCGUCAGCCAGUUGCAGGAAGAUGAUGUCACCUGGUUCCUUUGUUCUUCCUGUGGCUGGCUGAUCCUCUUCUCCUGACCACUGAAUGGUUUAGGAAGGGGAUGCUCAGACUCUAAACAGGAAUGUCACUUAGAAAAGGAAUUGCAGCAUGAAGGUGGUGAAUUAUUUCUAUGUCACUGACAUGGUUGGCAUAACCAUGGUUGUGAUCAAGCUGAAGUGUAGUAUUUUCAGUGCUUUGAAUGAGGAAUUUGGGCAUGACUUUAAAUGUCUCCAACUGAAAGGAUCAGUGGAUUAUAAUCUUGCCAAAUGCUAGAGUACUAGUAUUAUACUAGCCUUCCUAUGGCACCUCCAUCCCCUAAAUGCAAACCAGAUUUUUAAAAAUGUUUGUAUACCAAAAAUCCCUCUAACCUAUGGUCCCCUUGGAAAGGAUGCAGUACUAUCAUAAUGGAGUCUUUGAUUGUUACAUUAAAAAGUGUUUUUAGUACCUUCUUAAAGAGAGCAAUUUUUUCAAGGUAUAAAAUGUUAAUGCUGAUCCCUGAAAGCAAAAACUGGGCUUAAUUUAAUUUACAUUUGUACUGAUGCUGCUUGGCUUUGUUGUAUAGAAGUGGAAAGAGGAAGUAUUUUCCCAUUUUAUAUUUGAGAGGACUACACUUUUGCAAAAGAUAGGAAUUUCUCGGCCUUUCUAGAACACAUUGUGUGCACAUGUGGUCAGGUGAUGUUUUGAUACAUUUUGUAAACUGGGGUUUGACUGCCCUUUUGUGUCUGUAUACAUUUUGCCUACCUGCUUACAGUGCUUUUGUUCCUUUUUAUACACAAAUAUUUCUGUUGUGUAUUGUUAAAAGUGUACAAAUCCAAAAUUAAAAGCCAUUCAGAAUUACUGUA